AUGGCAUCAGAGGGAACUUGUCCAUCAUCCAGCUCCGUCAUGCUUGAUUCCUUGAACGAUCGCUUUGAAAAUGGAGGCUUUGUAGAUGGUUCUGUUGUUGCACCUGAUCCUUCCUUGGUCGAACAAUUCAAUGCUUGGACGAGGGCCAACAAUCUGGUAUAUUCUUGGAUAUUGAAUUCCGUUUCUAAGGAUAUAGCUGCAAGUCUUUUGUAUCAUUCCACUGCAGCUGAAAUUUUGAAAGAUCUGGGUGAUCGAUUUCAACAAUCGAACGGGCCACGUUUGUUUCAACUAAAGAAGAAUUUAAGCAAUUUGGUGCAAGGACAAAUGAACAUCAGCACCUACUACACUCAGCUCAAAAUCAUUUGGGAUGAGCUCUCUUCCACUAAGCAGCAAGAACAAGUCGUGCAGUUCUUGAUGGGUUUAAAUGAGUCUUAUGCUGAAAUCAAAGGCCAAAUUCUUUUGAUGGAUCAUUUGCCCUUGAUUGCCAAAGUUUUUUCUUUGCUUCUUCAAGAAGCAAAUCAGCGUAGAGUUUCUAAAACAGUUUUUGUUGUUAAAACGAUCUAUGGCAACUGCAAGAAUAGACCUCAAUGCAGUCAUUACAAUGCUCUUGGCCACACAAAAGACAAAUGCUAUAAGUUACAUGGAUAUCCACCAGGUUAUACAUCCAAGAAUUAG